GAAGUUUUUUUUUUUUUUGCCGGUUCGUACGAUGAGGUCCUGUUGUCUGUGUGAAUGAACCAGGCGUUGUUAAACGCCCUGGCUUUCUCUCGUUGGAUACUUUUUGAAAAAUAUAGUUUUUUAAAAAAAAGUAACUUGAACCAGAAGGUGCAAUUAGAGUUUUCUAAUACAGGAACCUGGUUCGUGUUUUUAACGUGUUACGUCGUGCUAGCCAAAUUUAAAUCCAUCGAAAAACGUGAAAUGCUAACCCUUAAGUUAAGGUGCCAACUAAGGUCGGUAAUGGUUACCAGGGGAGACGAGAGACGCCCUCUUAUCUGUCGGUCACGAGCUAGCUAAGAAGCUAGCUAAAAUAUGGCUGCUACAAAAAAACUAAAUAAACGAAAUGGUCUAUUUGGAGAUGAGGAUUUGUUUGACAGCCUCUUCAAAGAUAUAAAACAGCCAAUCAGGACCAGAGGAGGUCUCAGUGAACCAGCAAACAAGUCACCAUCUACAAAAGAUGGUUUGGACUUUGAGGAUUCUGACGUCUCAGCAGCCGAUCCCAACGACAUCUUGAAGAACAUGGAGGAAAAACCCAGUGCCGUAAAAACAAAGCAGGCUGAAAAUGAGAGUUUGAAGAAAGCCUCUGCUGUGUUAGACGGAGAUGGAAACCAUGGCACAGAUAAAUCCCCUGGUGGCGUAAAGAAGCCCACACCUUCAUCCCCUCCUGUCUUGAAGAAGACCACGUUUUCUGAUUUGGACGACUCCCUGUCCGAUCCACUUGAUAACCUUCUUCCAGAUGAAACGAAGCCCAAAGCGAAGCCGAGGCAGGCCAAACCGGACAAGUCUUCUCCUUCUGCUUCUCCAAAGAUGGAAGUUCAAACAACAAGGACAUCAAAAAAGGACUUGUUUCUUUUUGAGAAUGAUGACCUCACGGAUUUACUUGGACUUGACAAUGAGAAAAAAAAUCCCCCCAAAAAAGAAAGUCCACUUUGGUCGGCCAAGGAGAGGUGGAACUCCCCUCAGAGGCCACACACAAAGAUUGAUGAUAUUCUAGAAGGUGUAACUUCACAGCGUCUUCCAGAGCGACCACCCACAGGCGAGAAGAAGGAGCAACUUCCGUCCUACGAAAAGCCGAAAACCUCCAUUGUUAGGGAGGAAGAUCUGACUUUUGGAUCCUAUCAGCCCACCUUAGGGUCCACUCCGGAAGGACGCCAAUCCCGCAGACAGUCUGUCAGGUUUUCUACUGAGGAUGUCAGCGCCUCGACUCCUGAGAGGAGACCUAAACCCUCUUCCAGUCGACAUCGCAACUCGCUCGACUGGCUCGGCUUCGCGGCAAACGAGGAGCAGAAUAACCUAGAAGAUGACUCCAAAGAGACGAGGGUCUCAGCGGAAUCCCAAAAGGCCUCCUCCUUGCCGUUUUUGGAGAGAAAAUCCCCCUCGACUGGAAUUCAAAACACAUCUGUCACAAAAAGAACAGACACACAAAGUGAUGCCAAACCUGAAGUUUCUAGAGACCAGAAGAAAAAGGAGGAGGAGGAGGAGGACUGGUUGACACAGAGGAAGAAGACGACUCCGUCAGCGUCCAAUGAAGCUGCAAAACCUUCUAAGCAGGAGGACUUGUCAGGCUUUCAGGAAAGAGUAGACCUUGACUGGGAUUUUAGCCUGGAAACAUUGAAAACACCCAGAGGCAUCAAAGACACAAUUCCAUCUGUCAGAGAAACUAGCCCUGCGGCUCAUUCCACUCGACUCGAAGAGGAGAGGCCAAAGCAAGUUUUUCCACAAAGCCAAAUGCAGAGCACACCGGUUUCUGUCCAACAACAGGUGUUUUCUUCAGCAGGAACUCCGCAGCAGCAGCAGACACGAUUGCGCAGCUUAGGUGUUGUUGAUGGCGAGGCCCCACAGACGCUCAAAGACAAACAAGCUGGCGAUUAUCAGAGUCUAAAGGCCCGCAUCACUGAGCUGGAAGGACAGCUCAAGAUCCUGCAGUUGGAGCGAGGCCAAACCCAGAUGAUGUUAGAGAGCAUCCAGCUGCGACACGCACAAGAUGUGGAGUUCAUGGAGAACGCACACAGGGCCCGUGUGAAGCUGCUGGAGGAGGCAGCCGCUCAGAGGGAAACGCGAUCGCGGCUCGAGUGUGAAGAUCUGAUAGAGCGGAUGGCGGCGUUAACGCGAGCUGUGGAGCAGGAACGCUCGGAACUGCAGGCGCAGUACCACCGGAAGGUGGCCCAGGUGCAGCAGGACAGAGACCGGGAGGUGGAGAGGCUCCGAGAUCUUCAGAGACAGUCUAUCCUAGAGAUGAAAAAAGACCACGAGGAUCAAAUCCAGAGAUUGAAGAGACUAAAGGAGGAAGAGAUUGAUGCCGUGACAAGCGCAACGUCUCAGACGAGGUCUCUGACGGGGGUGAUUGAGCAGAUGGAGCAGUUCUCCUCUCGGCUUGAAGAGCUCUCCUCUCGGGUGGAGAGUGCACACGAGCAAAGCGCUCACGGCCUGGAACGGGGAGCGCGGCACAGAGAGGAGCAGCUCCGAGUUUUGGAGGACCGUCUGAGCCAGCAGCAGAAAGCCACGGCAGAGGAGCGGAGUUACUUAAAGGAGAUCAUUUCGAGGAUGGAUGCUCAGAUAAAUGAGCAGCAGAGGCAGCUUGAGAAGGAACGCUGGAAGGUGGCAUCAGAGCAAGCCAAGGUGGAGUCGCUCCAGAGGAGCCUGGAGGAAGAGCGUCGUGUCCUCAAUAUGCAGACCAGCAUGGAGAGGGAGGAGUUGGAGAGAGCUAAGAGUGUGCUGCUGGAGGAGCAGAAGUCGGUGAUGCAGCACUGUGCAGAAGAAAGGAGGAAGCUGGCAGCCGAGUGGGCCCACUUUCACGAUCAGGAUAAAAGGAGGCACGAGAGAGCUGAGCGGGAAGUUAGCAGCCUCUUGGAUAAAAGAGAAGGCUCCAUCAUAACUCUGGCACAGGAACAAGCUGACUUGAAGCUUCGCACAGCAGAGCUGAAACAGAAAGAGAUGGCUGCAGCACAAGAGCGAGAGACUCUGGAAAGGCUAAGAGAAGAGCUAGAAAGAGAGAAAGAGAAAAUAAGUAGUGCAGCCCUGAGGCUGGAAACUCGGGCUCUGGAGGUCGAGUCCUUCAGCAAGCUCGCCGCUAAUAAGUAUGAAGAGGGCGAAGAGGCGCUGAGGGAAGCGAAGCGUGUGGAGGCGGAGCACGAGGCCCGCCUAAAGAGCAUUCACUCACAAAUGGAAAGUCUGAGGAUGCAGGAAAAUCGCAUUCUAAAGGAGCGCACAAAGCUAAACUAUCUGCAGGACAAAGCACAGCAAACACAAACCUCAAGCUUUAAAGCCCCACCUGUUUUACCAGUUUCAGUGUUACCCACUCCUGAGCUGACUGCAGACUUUAUUCCCAACUUGUCUGCAAAUCAUCAGUCAAUAGCUCGAGAAGCGUGCCUGGCCCUUUGGAAAUACACUGCAGAAAAGGAGACUGAAUUCCUCCAGGAGGAGCAGAUUUAUCUGGACAAUUUGAGAAAAAAAUCCUACAGAUUAAACACAACCUGACAAUGUUUUUUUUUCCCAAAACUAUUUUUAAUCUUAAUAAAACAAUGUUUAAG